UCAGAGUUAGUUUCAUCUCCCUAUAACAUGGCGCUAACAGUUCUGGACGCACGUUUCGUAUUUCUUGUGGUAUUUCUGCCGGAAAAGACGUACCAGCAGAGCUGCCCCGCUAGCGUCAGCUCCGAACAAGGCGUCGCCCUUCUGGGUUAUACGUUUGAGUCCCGUUUUGCAAGUCAUUUUUGGGAGUGUAUUAGAAGUUGCAUUGAAGAACGACAGUGCUGGAGUGUCAACUAUCACUUGAGCUCUCGCCUGUGUGACCUUAACAGCGAAACCAAAGAAAGGCAGCCUUUGAAACUCGCAAGAAGGGAUUUGUCCGUUUACUUGAGUGAUAGAAAAGCCGGAGAUUGGAAAGGAGUUGUGCGCUCGUGCAAAGACUUGCGGGAUCUCGCACGUAACGCAGACCUCACGACAGGGGAGUAUUGGAUCGAUCUGGAGGCUGACAGGAGACUUCUGAGGGUUUACUGUGACAUGAAAACUAAUGGAGGUGGGUGGACCUUGGUAACGCGAAAAGAGCCAUUAAAAAGAAGUCUAGGGCCUGCCUUUUAUGCUGACUACCGCUACAUAAGCACUGAGAAGUUAGGGACCGUGUUAGUUAAAAGUCUAGCGGUACAAAAGCUAAAAUCUUUUAUCGGCUUCACUCAGCUUCGGUGGCGAUGCCGCAAGCAGUCCGUCGGUCGCACCAUCGACAUCAUGACGGCCAAUAACAGCUCAGGAGCCCGAGUCCUGGUCCACUUUCUGGACGGGGUCACGUUUCCGGACGCGUGCGGUUCGUUUGUCCGACUGCCGGAAGAUGACUCCAUUCUGACCAGGAACUGCGCCAAGUGGGGCAGCAAUGGUACCUUACCCGAGGGGGAGUGGGGAAAGAACGGUCUGGGCGGCCCUCUAAGACUUUACAACUAUCCAUUUUUCUGGUCUGGAAAUUUUACAUUUUCUUGUAUAAAUUCCUUUUGGUACUGUGACGAUGCUGGGAGUGACCAGAACGCUAACGAUUUCUGGGAAUUGUACGUCCGUUGAUAUUAACGUGUUUACGCACGUACUUUGUCCAUGUACUGUACUUGUCCGCACAAGGGAAUGUUUUAGUUAGAGGCCGAAAUAUGCAAAACCAUACUGUUGUCUUUUGGGAAAAUGUUACAAUAAUCACGCGCCUAGAUUAGCGCAAUACGUCUUAUUUCUGUCAAUGUAAAUCUGCAAAAGGGUGUAUCAUUUUAUCCAUAUCGUAUUCAAUUGAAGAGUUUGAUAAAGUUGCCUUAUGCAAAUUGGAUAUUUCCGUCCUUUUGGCUAGAUUAACUUUGAUUAAAAGACAAUAUAAAUAAUAAGAUUCCCCUAUCAGCUUAGUUGUACCAAAUUAGACAAAAAUCGGACGAGUUCUAGUUUGUUUACUCUACAACCGUGUUUUACUCUACAACCGUGGAGCAGAGAGUCCAGCGAAGUAUGGCUUUGCCACACCUGAAAUCCUCAGAAGUUAACGCUAUCUUGAGAGGCAUUGAACGCUGUUGUUUGAGCCUGGACAGCUCGAGUUUGUCAAGCGCUUUUCAGUAAUGCGCCUCUAAAAGUCAUGAGAAUUCCCAACACUUUAGCAUCUAAUAUAUAACAUCUUGCCCGUCAGUCAAAUCCAGUUUUUUGUUUAAGUACCUUAGAUAAUGGCUCAUGGGAUCUUGAAAGUAAAUAAAAUCCGAGAAAGACU